UCCUGUUACAACUGUCGUCUUUCUUUAAUCAUUAUGCUGAAAAGGCCUUUGAUCAAACCAUUAACAUAGACUUACAUCAAAAACAGUCACGUUCUCCUGGAAGUACCAAGAAAACGUGACUGUUCAACAACUAUUAACUUUUUGGCAUGUGAUGUUUUUUUCUGGCUUCUGUUUAGUGUUAUUGUGUACAAUGGAAAACUUUGGUCCAUGUGGCCAAUGAUGUCACACCAGCAGUGAAAACACACUCUCACUCAGCUAUAAAAGAAAGCAGCUUCAACUCUGCAGAAAUCUGAACAUCCUGUACAAAGAAGCUUCAGCAGCUCCUCAUCACACUUUGAGACUUAAAGCUCCAACAUGAUCUUGCUCCUCUUCUUGUUCGGUCUGGCUCUGGGUGCUCCUUCUGAGUCUCCGUCUGAUGAAAAUGAAGUGAAGCUCCAACUUGUGAAGCUGCAGCAUGGAAACUGUCCCCCGUUCUGGUGGAGUUUCAGCAGCCGCUGCUAUAAGUAUGUAGCUACACCAAUGAGCUGGUCUGAUGCAGAGUUCCACUGUUUGUCACAAGGAGCCAACCUGGUGUCUAUCCACAACAUGGAGGAAGAGAUCUUUGUCAGAUCCCUGAUCGAGAUCUUCGAUCAUGCUCAGAGAGCCACUUGGAUUGGACUCAGUGACAUCCACAGAGAGGGCAGAUGGAUGUGGUCUGAUGGCUCUGUGGCACGCUUUUUUAACUGGAAAACAGGCGAGCCAAACAAUGAUGGAGAAGAGAACUGUGUUACAAACAACUAUCAUACAGUUAAGAAGUGGAAUGACUGGCCAUGCUCUUCUAGUUUUGCCUCUGUUUGUGUAAAACACAAAGUUUGUGCUUAGAAAUUAAUUAAAAUUAAUUACUAAUUCAGCACGGACAUGCUAUGGUGACAUGCAUGGGGCAUCACGAUACAGAAUCAAUGUAAACUUUUAUGUCUGUAUAUAAACAGCAAUUCACUGAACUUUAACAUGAAUGCCUUAAUCAAUCAUACUAAUCAAUUUACACGCCUCCUAAUGAGCUGAAAACUGAGAAUGUAAAAUAAUUUUGGUAACAAACAUGUUCUGG